GUAUUGCGUAGUUAGUGCAUAGAACUUCUUAAGCUUCAAAUAAAUUAGAGUUCUUUCAAAUAGUUGAGCAUCACAUCAAUGAAAUAGAGUCAUUACAUGGAAAAAGUUAUCAUCUAAGCUUCCAAAUAUGCUUAACUUAUUUUAGUCACCAGCUGUAUAUGGGGACAAGCAAUAAAUAUUUGAAUUUACUGUGAGUAGCUCAGUUCAUUGAUAUAUAAUAACCAGAAAAUGCUUUUAAUUUAAAAUAUCCUCACCUACCAGCUACUGUCCUCUUCUUUCUUAAACAAUUCUAUUAUUCUCAUUUCUGAAAUCUGAACAACAGCUAACUGUUCCCACAAUUCUUCCUAUCAUAUCAUGGCAUUGACUGAUUGGGAAUCUCAUUAAAAGGCGCCUUGUCCAAAAAAGUAGUACUAGUAUGUAUAUAAAUUGAAGUGCCUCAAAAUCAUUUCAUGGUUGAGGUUAAUGAAAAAAUGAAAAAUGUAAAAGGAACCUAUCUUCUCUUUUUUCUUUUUCUGAUCUUAGCUGCUUUAUCAUCUCAAGUUUAUAGUAUUUCUAGUGAUUUCUCAAUAUUAGACAGAUCAAAUGAUUUCAUAUCAGAUGAAAGUGUUUUCCAACUUUUCCAAGAAUGGAAACAGAAGCAUGGGAAAGUUUACAAGGAUGAGAAAGAGGAAGAAAUGAGGUUGGAGAAGUUUAGAUGGAAUGUGAAGUAUAUAGUGGAAAAGAACUCAGAAAGGAAGUCAGCUUCAGAACAUUUCGUUGGUCUGACCAAUUUUGCUGAUAUGAGCAAUGAAGAGUUCAGGGAAGUUCAUGGUUCAAAGAUAAAGAUACCCUUUAACAAGAGAAAGAUUAUUCAGAUGAAGAAUGUGGAAGAAAAAUCAACUUCAAUUUCUUGCGAUGCUCCUCCUUCGAGGGAUUGGAGGAAACACGGGGCUGUCACCGAGGUCAAGAACCAAGAACAAUGUGGAGCUUGCUGGGCAUUUUCAGCUUGUGGAGCCGUGGAGGGAAUAAAUGCAAUAAUUACUGGUGAACUUAUUAGCCUUUCUGUCCAAGAACUUGUCAAUUGUGAUAAUUCAACCAAUACCGGCUGUUGUGGUGGAUAUAUGGACCCUGCUUUUGAGUGGGUGAUCAAUAAUGGCGGCAUUGCUUCAGAAAUUGAUUACCCAUACACGGCCUCUCAAGGCGCAUGCAAGAUUACCAAGGUGAACCACAAGGUUGUAACAAUUGAUGGUUACCGAGAUGUUCCACAGGAGGAAACUGCCCUUCUUUGUGCUGUUGCUCACCAACCUGUCAGUGUUGGCAUCGAUGGAACAAGUGCUGAUUUUCAGCUGUAUAGAGGGGGAAUCUAUGAUGGAAGUUGCUCUAGUAGUCCAGAUGAUUUGAGCCACGGAGUACUAAUAGUAGGUUAUGGUUCCGAAGGAGACAAUGACUACUGGAUAAUCAAGAAUUCAUGGGGUACAUCAUGGGGAGUGGAGGGGUAUGGAUAUAUAAGAAGAAACGGUGAUUUGCCAUAUGGUGUUUGUGCCAUUAAUUCAUUGGCUUCUUAUCCGACGAAGGAAUUAUCUUUUGUAUUAUCUCCUUAUCCAUCUCCGGCCGUUCAACCACCUCCUCCACCAUUCCCUCUGCCCACUCCCCCAUCUUCAGCCAUUCCACCACCUCCUCCAUCCCCUUCUCCCCCUCCACCACCUUCUGCACCUCCUCCAUCUACUUCUCCCCCUCCACCACCUUCUGCACCAUCUCCGUCUCCGCCCCCUCCACCACCUUCCGAGCCAUCUCCUUAUCCGUCUCCAGCCAUUCCACCACCUACUCCACCAUCCCCUCCACCCCCUCCACCGCCUUCUGCACCAUUUCCUUAUCCGUCUCCGAUCGUUCCACCACCUCCUCCACCAUCCCCUCCGCCAUCUCCAGACGUUCCACUAUUCCCUCCACCACCUCCGCCCCCAUCCCCUCAACCACCUUUUGCACCAUAUCCUUAUCCAUCUCCAACCGUUCCACCACCUCAUCCACCAUCCCCUCCUCCACCCUUACCUUAUCCGUCUCCAGUUGUUCCACCACCUCCUUCACCAUUCCCUCCACCACCUCCUUCACCUUCCCCUCUGCCCCCUCCACCAUGCCCUCCUCCACCAUCCCCUUCGCCCCCUCCACCUCCUCCGCCAUCCCCUCCACCCCCUCCACCAUCUCCACCACCCCCUUCGCCCUCCCCACCACCCCCUCCACCAUCUCCACCACCCCCUUCGCCCCCUCCACCUCCUCCGCCAUCCCCUCCACCCCCUCCACCAUCUCCACCACCCCCUUCGCCCUCCCCACCACCCCCUCCACCAUCUCCACCACCCCCUUCGCCCUCCCCACCACCUCCUCCACCAUCCCCUCCCCCUUCACCCUCCCCACCACCUCCUCCACCAUGCCCUCCUCCACCAUUUCCACCAGCCCCUUCACCCUCCCCACCACCUCCUCCACCAUCCCCUCCACCACCUCCUCCACCAUGCCCUCCUCCACCAUUUCCACCAGCCCCUUCACCCUCCCCACCACCUCCUCCACCAUGCCCUCCUCCACCAUUUCCACCAGCCCCUUCACCCUCCCCACCACCUCCUCCACCAUCCCCUCCACCACCUCCUCCACCAUGCCCUCCUCCACCAUCCCCUUCGCCCCCUCCACCUCCUCCGCCAUCCCCUCCACCCCCUCCACCAUCUCCACCACCCCCUUCGCCCUCCCCACCACCCCCUCCACCAUCUCCACCACCCCCUUCGCCCCCUCCACCUCCUCCGCCAUCCCCUUCACCCCCUCCACCAUUUCCACCAGCCCCUUCACCCUCCCCACCACCUCCUCCACCAUCCCCUCCACCACCUCCUCCGCCAUCCCCUCCGCCCCCUCCACCACCUUAUCCAAAACCAAGUGAAUGUGGAGGCUGGUAUUAUUGUCCUGAAUAUCAAACAUGUUGUUGUGACUUGUAUUUCUUUGGCAUAUGCCUCCGUCACAAGUGUUGUCCUUAUGAGAAUGGUGUUUGCUGUCAUGGAUCAGACUACUGCUGCCCAACUGAAUAUCCCAUUUGUGAUGUUUAUGAAGGGGUCUGCCUCAAGAGAUUUGAUGAUACUGUGGGAGUGGCAGCAAAGAAGAGAAGAAUGGCCCAAUACAAGUUACCAUGGAGUACAAGCACUAAAGAAACAGAGGAGAUGGGCCAAACUCUGAAAUGGAAGAGGAAGCAUGUUGCACCAAUGUUCUGAGUUAAAUAAUUGUUAUCAUGGCAUUCGAAAUGUUGAUAAAUAAAUGUAAAUCUGGUUCUAACACCAAGAAUUUUGAUGAAUAAAACUGUUUAGCUGAAACUACAAGUACAAUUCCUCAAUGAAUCUUGCUUGAGCAAAAAUAUGAAUUUCUUGAAAUACAGAA